UUGUCUAACUAAAAAAAUACACAAAAUGUUUCAACUGCAACAGCAGCAACAUGGCCCAGAAGAGGAACAUCACUUCGAGCAGGAUUCUUUGCCUCUGAUCCUGGUGCCCGAUGAAUCCAAUCAAUUGGGUUUGCCUAUGCAGUUUCCCGACAUUUGGCUGCGCGACAAUUGUCUCUGUUCGGAAUGCUAUCUGCAUCAGACCCGCAGUCGUUUGCCUCAGCUGUGGCAGCAUUUGGAUACGAAAAGGAUUCGAGUUUACCAUUUGAACAUUGAUCAAAAGCAGGAGAUACUCUACAUUGAAUGGAAUGAUGGUCAUCGUUCUGAAUACCCAUUUUGUUGGCUAAGAGAAAGGGAUUUCUCUUUGGCAAAUCGUUCGCAUUACUUGCAGAACUUUUAUCGGCCAGAGCCAAGACAUUGGAGUGGCACGGAAUUUGCAUUGAUUCAAAAGGAAUUUCUCUAUCAGGAUCUAAUCUCAAACAAUGAUGAACUGCAGCAAUGGCUCUAUCAAUUGGCUGUCUAUGGCAUGGCCCUGAUCAAAGAGGCCCCUCUGGAGUUUGACGUGGUGCGACAUCUAUGUAAUCGUGUGGGAUUCAUGCGACGCACCACUUACGGUGAGGAGUUCUCGGUGAGGGCCCAACCCGGAGCCAGUAAUUAUGCCUAUUUGGCUGCUCCAUUGCCCCUGCAUACCGAUAUGCCCUAUUUUGAGUAUAAACCGGGAGUGACUCUCCUUCACACUCUGGAACAAUCGGAUUCGCCUGGUGGUUGGAACCUUCUUACAGAUGCCUAUCAUGUGGCGGAUAUUUUAAAGCAACAAUAUCCUGAACAAUUUCGUAUACUUACCGAAACGCUAGUAGAUUGGGCAGACAUUGGAAACGACAAUCAGCUUGAAUUUCACAACAUUUGGCGGUCUCCGGUCAUCAACGUUGACGCCGAUGGUCGCUAUGUGCGCAUCAAUCACAGCAUUCCCCAACGCGACAGUCACUUUAAUGUCCAUCCAGAACAAGUGCGUCCCUGGUAUGAGGCCAUGGCAUUAUUCGUUCGCCUUGCCCACGAGCAGGCAUACGAGUUCAAGACCAAACCCGGAGAUGUUCUCACAUUCAAUAAUUUGCGUCUUGUGCACGGACGCACGGGCUAUGCGGAUACUGAACAGAAUGUUCGACACAUUGUUGGCGGUUUCCUGGACUGGGAUAUAGUCUAUUCGCGAUGGCGCAUUCUACAAAGAUCUCAAACUGCAGAUAAAUAAUCAAAAAUUCUUUAUGAAUGUUUAUAUUUUUACAAUAUCCUACU